AUGACCACUCCAACCAAGGCCCAACAUAGCGACAUAAGUGACGAAGAGCACCCGAGUAGCAGGGACGGAGGCAGUGAGUGGAGUACCACAAACAGCGAGGUCGAUAGUCAUAUGAGCGACAAUGAUAGCCAGAGUGAUGAUUACGUGACCGCCGAGAGCAGAAGUUUACACGAUGAUAGUGAUGACGCUUAUCCUAGCCGCCAGACUAGUCUCGAUGCCUUGGAGAAAAAUGGUGUAGACCGUGACAGUCACGAUUCUCGCUCUAUUCACAGCGGCAGCCAUUCUAGUCACAAUGACGGUGGCAAUGUUGAAGAUAGUAGGCUUGCUGUUCCGGAUAAGAAGGCUCAACUCUCCAAUCACCAUGGUGACGAGGGUAUGGAUGCCGACGAAAACCAAAUCAGCAACCAAGAUGGCACGCGCGACAACACAGGUAGCCAAUACGGUGCCAAUACGCAACCCAUCAACGACUAUGAGUCGAGGAAUAGUUAUAUUAGCCUGACCGACGAGGUCAGUCCCCACAAUCGUGAGUCUUCGCUUCUCGAAGCCAAAUAUUUUCGUUCAAUGAAUCAGGCUGCAUUGGAGAAUAUCGAGCGCCUCAACAAUCUGAGGAGCGAAGUAAGCCAUGUCGGGCAUCCUGACUUAGAGAACAGCGAAGAUGAAUCUAGCCAAUACGACAGCAAGCCCGACUCGAAAGGCAAUGGAAGCCCCAGUGGCAGAACAUCUAGUAAAACGAACAGAGGCGGGUUUUUUUCUUUCUUUGGCUCGAAGCGCAAAAAUGAAGACAAGGAGGAGACUACAGUCCAUCCCGUUAAGAAAGCGAAGACUGCCGAAGUGGAUCUCACACCUCCAGGAGACAAUUCCGAAGAUUCCGAAGAUUCCGAAGAAGAUGGCUCCGUAACUAGUUCAGAAGGUACUGGCUCCAUCGAAGAAUCAGCUUCAGAGGAAUACGAGAAAGACUCCGAGGAAGAGGAUUACGAUGAAGCAUCGCAACCGAAGGCCCCAAAGCGCUCGACGACGGCCGUCGAUAGGCCCGCUAAGAGGCAAAGGACACGAGGGCUCAUGGACAAGCAAAUAACAUGGCAGCAUAUCGAAGUUGAGGAGUUAGAUCUUCAUCAGACGUACGUCGGCCAUAAUACCCCUGUAAAGAAGCCCACGCAAAAGAGGUGGCAGGCUAGCGGGGGCGAGGCAAUUACGGAUCCUGAGAAGGUGCCAAAGGGAUGGACUGAUGCCGAACCUGAUCUUGAUGAAGAGGACAUCGAAGCUCAAAUUGCCCGAUGCGAGCAGCGAAUCGAAGACAAGAUCUUGCCGGCGCUGUUCGCGAUGAAGCUCCAGGGCUUACGCAAGAAAAAGGCCGAGAAAGAUUUGUGGAUGUCGAAGGACCCAGGGCUCACCUGGCAAUCUGUACGACGGCUGAACGCCCUUUAUAGAAUCAAGAAAUCGCUCCAGGAAGGAAACGACCCCUUCAACCACCUGCCAUGUGUCAACGCAAUCAUCGCGGUGUAUAAAUCCGGAGGUUUAGCAUGGAACGCCGGCCUCGUCACCUACUGGAAAGAUGGCGAACAGCUUUGCCAGCCACGUCCGUACAAUCCCUAUGAAUGUGAUGCUAUUUACCAAUAUCACCUCGCUGGAGAUGGAUUCUGGGUUGAAGGACUUACUGGCCCCGGCCCUACGCCACAAUUGGCGCUAUUCAUGGAGUCACACAAGGCAGACCCGGGAAGGCGUAGCAAUGAAUUUUACCGCAUCAAUGUCCGCAAGGAGAACGCUCCUGCUUCCGCCGGCUUCGACUUCGAGUUCCUACUAGACACAGGAGCCCACAUGAUGGUUCUGUAUGAGAACGAUCUCGAAAUGCUGGAUAUGACCGAUAUGGCCAACAAUUCUGAACCCCCAAAGACACAGUCCCUCGGCACUGCUGCAUUUACUGGACCUACUGGUGAUGUGUCAUACGCCCCCAUCAUCCGAGUCCACGCGGAGAUCUUUGCAGCCGAGGACGGGAAGCACGAGGAACGCAAAUCGAUGACCUCAAGGGACCCCGUCGAAGCCAUAUUGCUCCCAGGCGGCUCGGAUGAGAUCCGGAGACGACUUGACGGACCCUGGGCCCGUCACAAGCUGUACAUGGCAAGUGUACCUUCUCUUGGGAGCCCGCCGAGGGUGUUUAUGUCUGGCUUCAAGACUGGAAUUCGUGAUUCCCGUAUUCCCAGCAAUCGUACGGCUGCAUACCGCUUGCCGCCGUUCCAAACUGGUAGCGGUCCAAAGAUUGGAGGCUCUUGA